AUGGAACCUGCUGAUUUGGAACUUUCUGUUGCUCAGUCUAAAUCCACAGACUCACAACAACAACAACAACAACAACAACAACAGAAACAUGACCUCAGUAUACUGCCCACUUCAUCAAUGCCAGAGGAGCAGAUCAUUGAGGAGUACAAUAGACAUGUGAUUCAACUCCAACAAUUGGAGCAAGAGAGACUGACCUUAUCACAACAACUUGUUAAACGAGGUCACCAACAACAACAACAACUACAGUCGCAACAGUCGCAACAGUCGCAACAGUCACAACAGUCGCAACAGUCGCAGCAAUCACAACAAUCACAACAGUCACAACAACAAAGAACAAAGAAGCCACGAAGAGUCGAAACAAGUGAACAAACCAGUCGUCCAAUGACACCGGUUUCAUCCUCCCCAUUGAUAUCACCUACAAUGUCACCAAACAUGCGUCCUCAAGUGGCCUCUAUGCCAACCCAACAAGCAGGGUACCAUCCCUAUCGCAAACAGUCACCUCCCUUCAAUGGCCAGUCAUCACAAUCAUCACAAUCACCACAAUCCUCACAAUCACAAUCUCAACAUACGCCUCCCUCUCAACCUGCUUCUACAGCGUUGGCACCUGCCUCUCAACUACAACAGCUUCAACAACAACAACAACAACAUCAACAAUGGCAGGCUCAAAGACGACAGUCAUUGUCACAGGGCUCAGUCCAGUCAACAACACCCCCUGCCAGCCAACAAGAUCAAAGGACACCGUUCAGAACAAAUGCCACCACCCAUGAAGUGUUGGACGAUCUGCUGAUAAUGGUUGACGAGCGAGAAUACUCAGACUAUGUACUUGAACGAGACUUGGAGUUUGAUGACGAGGCCAGUUCCAACAGCAAUGAGGGCGUGCUGCUGUUUUACCGCAAGGUGCUGUCCAUUCUCAUUGGCCAUCAGACCAAGCCCGUGUUGCUCAGCCAACAAUCGGACUUCUUCAACAUGUUCUUCUUUCUGAUGGACAAGAACUAUAUGCCACUGCUCGACGACAAUGGCGAGCUGCUGCGUCACUCCAAGAUGCCCCAGAUCAGGGCCGGCAUGCCCAUGCCCCCUCUGGGGCCCUUCAGGAACUUUAGACUGGGAUACAAGACGACGGACACGUCAUCGCACAUCUAUCGCAUUCCAUUGUUCAACGUGCACAUCAACAAGAUCGUCCAGAAUGCGCACCGACUAUCGUUGACCAAUAGCAAGAAUGACAGCAUGCACAACUCCAAAGAGGACAUGAUCAAGGUUGUGUACAAGAGCAAGUGGUACUGGCACUUCCUCAAGGAUAGCAUCGCCAAUAUGCAAUGCUAUUGUGAAGCGGGCUCAUCCACCACGAGGAGCGUCAGUCCGCCAACCAUGAACACUGUGUCGCCAACAGCUGUACCAUCAGCACUCAUUCAACAGCAACUGUUCAAUCUAUCACAGCCACAGCAGCCACUGCAAUCUCAACAUCAAGUCGCACCUGGUUCACCAAUUAGCAAGCCUCUCUUCAACACUCCACAGCAGCAGCAACAGCAACAGCAGCAGCAACAGCAACAACAGCAGCAGCAGUCAACAACAACUGCAACUGCAACACCGAAUAUACGUGUCAGCACCAAUGAGUUGCAUGGACAGACUCAAGGUUCAAUACGAGCGGCAGUCAAUUCAAAGUCAUACGAGUAUGUCAAUGAGAUGGUGGAUACAUUCAAGGACAUCCUGGAUCAAUGUCUACUUGCACAACAGCAGGUGUUCAAUCAUCACUUCACAGUUAUGAAGCAAGAAUUCCAGUCCAUUGUCAACUUCUUCAACAACAAUCUGGAGACCAUUCAGCAACAACUCACUGAGAGCAUGCAGUCAUCACAACAACAACAACAGCAGCCACAACAGCAACAACAACAACAACAACCACAACAACAAUUACAACAACAGUUACAUCAACAACAACAAAAUCAACAGCAACAUCAACAUCAAUAUUUACAACAACAACAAAUCCUAUUCUUACAACAACAACAGCAACAGAAUACCCGUCCUACAUCUGUUGAUAACUUUUUCCAACAACAACAACAGCAGCAGCAGCCUCCAACUCAACAGAGGCAGCAGACUCAAUCCCAACUCUCCCAACAGCAUAUAGUUGCAACACAGCACAAUUCACUUAUGCUUGCCACUCCUGGAAGACCAAAGAAGUCCAAAUCCACUGCCGACACCUCCUCAUCCACCUCCUCCACUGCCAUUUCCUCCACUUCCUCCACCUCCUCCUCCACCACCAUUUCCUCUCAAGAGAAGCGAUCCAAACAGAGUGCACCAAAGAAAGGAACAACUGGAACAUCCUUACCAAAGAGAGGAAUGCCAUACUCUCCACCACCAACACAACCACUACCACCACCUCCGCCUGCGCUCAGCAGCGUAUCUCCACGAAUAAGCUCAUCACUCGAGGAUGAUCCGGAACUUAUUGAAGUAAUUGGAUCGACCAAUGCGCCAUCAUCAAUCAAUCUAAGCUCCAUUAGUAGCUCUCAAACCACCCAACCAUCACAGUCAUCACAGCCCACGUCACAGUCACCUCUUCCAACACAGACAUCAUCCUCACAGCUGUCAUCGUCAGCAUCAUCACAAUCAACUGUACAUAACCAAACACCAACGCCAACAACCACUACAACAACAUCAGAAGCAACAACACUCAGAGGCCAGGCUGAUGAAUCAUUGUCCUCCUCCAUGGAGGACCUUGACAUGCCAAUGCCAAUGAACGACACAAACACCAGCAAUGACAUGACCGAGAACUACUACUCGGAUGAUGAGAUGAUCGAUGUUGAUGGCGGAGAUGUAGAAGGCGAUGUAAAUGCUUAUGGCAAUGAGAAUGGUGAUGGCGAGGACGACGGAGAAGGCGAAGGCGAAGGAGAAGGAGAAGGAGAAGGCGAAGGCGAUGGAACAGUGGGAGAAGAUGGUACACCAAACGGAUUGAGUGACAAAGAGCGACUGAGAAAGAGGAUAUACAACUUCAAGGAUACACUGUUGAGCACGUUGAGCGAGAAACAGUUUGCCAAGCGACGCGAGAAAUACUUCCUCUACGUGGCCGAGUUCAACCAGACGUAUGGCAACACAAUUCCACCGACACGACUGAUAACAAUUGCCGAUGACUUCCCAAUGACCACCGAUCAAGUCAAGGUCUACAUGGAGAGUAACAACCUUUCAUCCAAGAAGCGCAAUUCACGAAAGAAGAAGAUGCAUGAUUAA